GGGGGAGAUAACAAAUCCGUCUACAGUGAGGAGCGACACUCACCGAGCGGCUUGUUGACUUCUCCAUAUACGUCCAGCCCUCGGCCUCCCCAUGCCUCCAUCUCCCCUUGACGACAGAAUUGUGGUGGCGCUGCCAAGGCCGAUCCGACCUCAGGAACUCCAACUGCGCCUGGACACCAGCUACCUGGACUCCAUCACCAGCAGCAGCAGCAGCAGCACCGUCAUCAGCACCACCGUGGUGAAGAUCCGGGCGACGGCCAAUCUUGUAACGUAUAUGCCCUCAUCCAAGGGCUCCACGCGCUCGUUGUCGUGUGGAUGCAGCAGUGCCAGCUGCUGCUCUGUGACUACCUAUGAGAAGGACAGCCAGAGCCUCAGCCACAGCCAGGUGAGCGCCAGCAGCCCCAACCUCAGCUAUGCCGGGCCUCCCGCCGCUAUGGUCAGCAACCAUGAAGCGCUCAGUGCCCCCAGCCUCACCCCGGGCACACCAAAGGUCCUGUCCACCCUAAGGGUCAUCCACCCCCAUGAGCUGGCCAAGCGGAUGAGCUGCUGCCCGUUGGGGCACCCCGUGGGGCCUGUGCCGGUCAUCAUCGACUGCAGGCCCUUCAUGGAGUACAACAAGAGCCACAUCCGCGAGGCCGUGCACAUCAACUGCUCCGACAAGAUCAGCCGGCGGCGGCUACAGCAAGGCAAGAUCACUGUGCUGGACCUCAUCUCCUGCCGUGAGGGGAAGGACUCCUUCAAGGGCAUUUUUUCCAAAGACAUUGUGGUUUACGACGAGAACACCACAGAUCCGAGCCGGCUGACGUCCUCGCAGCCUCUGCAUGUGGUCCUGGAGUCCCUGAGGAGGGAGGGCAAGGACCCCAUGAUCCUUAAAGGAGGCCUUAGCUUUUUCAGGCAAAGCCAUGAAAACCUGUGCGAGCACUCGCUGCACCUCCACGAGGGCUUGGACACGGGCGCCUCCGCCGGCCUGACGGGGCCUCUACCUCACUCCCUGCCCUCCACCCCGGACAUCGAGAACGCAGAGCUAACGCCAAUCCUGCCCUUCCUCUAUCUGGGGAACGAGCAGGACUGUCAGGACAUCAACCUGCUGCAGCGGCUGAACAUCGGCUACAUCCUGAACGUCACCACCCACCUGCCGCUCUACCACUACGACACGGGCCUGUUCAACUACAAGCGCCUGCCCGCCACCGACAGCAACAAGCAGAACCUGCGGCAGUACUUUGAGGAGGCGUUUGAAUUCAUUGAGGAAGCACACCAAGCAGGUCUGGGCCUUCUGAUCCACUGCCAGGCAGGCGUGUCGCGGUCCGCCACCAUCGUGAUCGCCUACCUGAUGAAGCACAGCUGGAUGACCAUGACGGACGCCUACAAGUUUGUCAAGACCAAGCGGCCCAUCAUCUCCCCAAACCUCAACUUCAUGGGCCAGCUGUUGGAGUUCGAGGAGGACCUCAACAAUGGAAUAACGCCACGAAUCCUCACGCCAAAGCUGAUCGGUUUGGAAACUGUUGUCUAAAUGAACCACUUAACCUUUUUGUCCCCUCUACAACAGAAACUGGCUGCUUUAUGAGCCCGUUUGAGGGAAACUGAGUUGGGAUAACGUGUUUGAUACCCUUGUCCUCAUGGACUUCCUUCAAAUACCAGUCUCUAGGUCAGCGGUGAAAGGGAAAGCCAAAAUCUCCUACAGUUGGGACCUACAGUCGUAGUCCCAGAGAAGACUAGCCAAGCGGAGGAGGUCAAGCUUUCUAUUUGUGACCUCAGAGCAGCAAAGGGAGAUGAAGAAUCGAUGGUGGAAAUGAUCGUUUUCGUGCUUGGGGAAGUUACUUUGAAAAUACACUCUUAAAAGUUCACACUGUGGCACACAGUUUAUGUUUGCAGACUC